CGGACUCUCAAAACGGAAGUGCAUUAAGCCGGUUUCCGGGACCGCUGGUGUGACGUGUCCCGCGUUUGGCGCAGCAGGAAGCGGCGGCGAUAGCGGCCGAGUUCCCGGUGCCGGCCCCAGCUCCUCUCCAGCUGCCGCCAUGCUCGACUUCUUCACCAUUUUCUCCAAGGGCGGGCUCGUGCUCUGGUGCUUCCAGGGCGUGAGCGACUCAUGCACCGGGCCCGUAAACGCGUUGAUUCGUUCCGUGCUGCUGCAGGAGCGGGGAGGUAACAACUCCUUCACCCAUGAAGCCCUCACACUCAAGUAUAAACUGGACAACCAGUUUGAGCUGGUGUUUGUGGUUGGUUUUCAGAAGAUUCUAACACUGACGUAUGUAGACAAAUUGAUAGAUGAUGUGCACCGGCUGUUUCGAGACAAGUACCGCACAGAGAUCCAACAGCAAAGUGCUUUAAGUCUAUUGAAUGGCACUUUUGAUUUCCAAAAUGACUUCCUGCGGCUUCUUCGUGAAGCGGAGGAGAGCAGUAAGAUCCGCGCUCCCACUACGAUGAAGAAAUAUGAAGAUUCUGAAAAGGCUAAGAAACCUGUAAGAUCCAUGAUUGAAACACGGGGGGAAAAGCCCAAGGAAAAAGCAAAGAACAGCAAAAAAAAGGGGACCAAGAAGGAAGGUUCUGAUGGCCCGUUGGCUACCAGCAAAGCAGCCCCUGCAGAAAAGUCAGGUCUCUCAGUGGGGGCCGAAAAUGGAGUAGAACUUUCUAAAGAGGAGCUGAUACGCAGGAAGAGAGAAGAGUUCAUUCAGAAGCAUGGGAGGGGUAUGGACAAAUCCAGCAAGUCCAUGAAGUCAGAUGCUCCCAAAGAGAAGGGCAAAAAAGCCCCCCGGGUGUGGGAACUAGGUGGCUGUGCUAACAAGGAAGUCUUGGAUUAUAGCACUCCUACCACCAAUGGAACUCCAGAGGCUGCCCUGUCUGAGGACAUCAACUUGAUUCGAGGGACUGGGCCUGGGGGGCAGCUUCAGGACCUGGAUUGCAGCAGCUCAGAUGAUGAAGGGGCCGCUCAAAACUCCACCAAACCUAGUGCUACCAAGGGAACUCUGGGUGGCAUGUUUGGGAUGCUGAAGGGCCUUGUGGGUUCCAAGAGCUUGAGUCGUGAAGACAUGGAAUCUGUGCUGGACAAGAUGCGUGAUCAUCUCAUUGCUAAGAAUGUGGCUGCAGACAUUGCCGUCCAGCUCUGUGAAUCUGUUGCCAACAAGUUAGAAGGGAAGGUGAUGGGGACAUUCAGCACGGUGACUUCCACAGUCAAGCAAGCUCUACAGGAGUCCCUGGUGCAGAUUCUGCAGCCGCAGCGUCGAGUAGACAUGCUCCGGGAUAUCAUGGAUGCCCAGCGUCGCCAGCGCCCUUAUGUUGUCACCUUCUGUGGUGUUAAUGGAGUGGGGAAGUCUACUAAUCUUGCCAAGAUAUCCUUCUGGCUGUUAGAGAAUGGCUUCAGUGUUCUCAUUGCUGCCUGUGACACAUUUCGUGCUGGGGCUGUGGAGCAGCUGAGAACACAUACCCGGCGUCUGACUGCCCUACAUCCCCCAGAAAACCAUGGUGGCCGCACAAUGGUGCAGUUGUUUGAAAAGGGCUAUGGCAAGGAUGCUGCCGGCAUUGCCAUGGAAGCCAUUGCCUUUGCACGUAACCAAGGCUUUGAUGUGGUACUGGUGGACACGGCUGGCCGCAUGCAAGACAAUGCUCCCCUGAUGACUGCCCUGGCCAAACUCAUUACUGUCAAUACGCCUGACUUGGUGCUGUUUGUGGGGGAGGCCUUAGUAGGCAAUGAAGCCGUGGACCAGCUGGUCAAAUUCAAUAGAGCCCUGGCUGACCAUUCUAUGGCUCAAACACCUCGGCUCAUUGAUGGCAUUGUCCUUACCAAAUUUGACACCAUUGAUGACAAGGUGGGAGCUGCUAUUUCUAUGACAUACAUCACAAGCAAACCCAUCGUCUUUGUGGGCACUGGCCAGACCUACUGUGAUCUCCGCAGUCUCAAUGCCAAGGCUGUGGUGGCUGCCCUCAUGAAGGCUUAAUGUGGCUCUUGCCUAAUACCAAAUUGCCGCUUUCCCCCACAAACCCCUACUCCUGUUAUCAAGAAUGUGCUUUAGAGUAUGUGAGCAACUUGUCUUCAGUAUAGUACAAAGGCAGAGUGAGGGAGCUCUAGGAGCUUGCAGCUCCUUCCAACCCCACUCCCUUGUCAGCCUAGCCUCCAUCUGCAAGGAGGACCUAAUCAUGUUUCAGUCACUGCCCACUGACCUUCCCUUUCCCCCCUUGAGCCUCCCUCUUCCUACUCAGGCAUCCCCUUCACUCUGCCUAUAGACUCAGUCUCAUUACAGCUUUGACCAAUGGUUGGAAGACCCAACAUAAGAACUUUGUGAACUAGUAUGGUCAUAGAGCCAUCUGAGCCUAAGGAGCAGUUUGAGGUCCCAGCUCCAUUAGGUUAAGAGACUCUUCUAGAGCCAGCUUUGGGUCUUAAACAGCACCUUCUCCUAGGAUACACAGCUUUCAGGUCCCUGGUGCCAGGAUGACAUCCACUUCACUGUGGCAGUAUGUGGCCUGUUCUUAAUUGCUGCUAAUUCAAAAUCUGAUGACCCCUAUACUGUAUUUUCUCCAAAGCAUCAGCUUGGCCAGAGUGAUUUGUUACAAAAAUGAGUGAAAGGUGAGUCCCUGCUUCCCCCAAACACAGGGAACUGAGCUGCAGUGUUGCAUUGGGCUUCUCAGCCUUCUGACUCUUCCCCUAGUCCUGGAAUCCGUAUGUAAGCCUUGCAUGUUCCCCUUCCUGGGAGAAAACCAAUUAUCAGAAGGGUAUCCGUUGCCCCCUGCCCAGCCCAACCCUUCACCUCCUGAGCAGGUCCUGGCUUCUUUUUCAUCCCUGUCUUCUACAGUGCCUGGUAGACAAGUGCUACGUUGAAGAAAACAAACCUCUUGUCAAGACUUGUCCUGUAGCUUGGUAUUACAGAUGUGCUAUUAGUGCAAUAAGGUGAAGGCUGUCUGCCCAGAGAAAUACAUAAUUUAUAUAAGAAAAUAAAUUUCAUAAAUAAACUGGC